GGCGGGUAUACUGACAACUAUCCAUCCAUUCCCGUUUAUAUAGAGUCAUCUCUCCGCCUUCCUUUUUGCUAUCGUUUCAACGAGCCUGAACCGAAGACUGUUCUCAACAGCUCGACUCUCCAAACAGCAUGACUACCUCACCGCCAUUCGACGUCCUCACGGCGACCAUCAAAGACCUCCAAGUGCUCCUCGUCGAGAACAGAUGCACGAGCGUGGACUUGAUCGAGAUCUAUCUCGACGCGAUCGAGAAGAACAACAGGGACGGCUUAAAGCUGUAUGCAGUGAUCGAGACGGCUCCGAAAGAGCAACUGUUGCAGAUCGCUCGUGAGAUGGACGAACAGAGGACAUCCGGGAAACCUCUCGGACCCCUGCACGGGAUCCCUAUCUUGGUGAAAGAUAACCUGGGGACGGAACCUUCUUUGGGGAUGAAGACCACUGCGGGGAGUUAUGCUUUGGAGGAUUCUGUUGUCAAGCAGAAUGCGACAGUGAUAAAGCUUCUACGGGACAGCGGGGCUAUCAUCUUAGGGAAGGCGAACAUGACCGAAUGGGCCAAUUUCAGACAAGAAAACCCCUACCCACCAGGAUCUGAUGAGUGGAAAGACGCGAUCCAUCAUGGAUGGAGCGGGAGAGGGGGACCUUGUAUGUCGCCUUAUAACCCGGAGAGGACGGCUCUCGGUAGCAGUACCGGAAGCGCGGUAGCCGUUGCGGCUGGGUUCUCACCUGCUUCGAUCGGCAGCGAGACUUUCGGGUCAAUCUGUAUGCCUGCGGAUCGGACUGGAUUGUACUCUAUCAAGCCUACAGUCGGGCUUAUCAGCUCUGCCGGGGGUAUCCCCCUCACUUCGACCCGUGACGUCUUUGGUCCGAUGACCAAGAACGCCUACGAUUCCGCCUUGUUACUGCAAAUCCUUGCUGGACCUGAUGAGAGGGAUGCGAACACGAAACGAUCUCCCUUCAAAAAGGGGGAGAUCGAUUAUGUCAAGCUUACGGAGAAUCCCAGUUUCGAGGGCAAGAAAAUCGGGAUUUACCCUUUAUCGCCCGAGGACCUUGCUUCCGAAGCUGAGACGGCGUGUAUCAGGGAUCUUAUGUCGAACACUGUAACCAAACUACGGGGAAACGGAGCGACCGUGAUCGACGAUUUGAAGGAAUUGGACUUCGAUACGGAGUCGUUUGGGAAGAAGGACAAUCUGGUCCUUCUGACCGAUUUCAAGGUGGAUCUAGCCAAUUAUCUGGGGACUUUGGAGAAGACUUCGGUGAAGAGUCUUGCUGAUGUCAUUCAGUUCAAUAUCGAUCACAAGGACAUCGAGAUGCCCCCGAGGUACCCGGGCCAAAGCCUUUUCCUGAAAGCACAAGCUACGAAGGGAAAAAGCGACCCGGAGUAUAUCGAAGCUCUGAGCGAGAUUGAGCGCAUCGCAAAUCAAGGAUUGGAAGCCAUAUUCGAAGAAAACCAGUUGGACGCAAUCUUCUUGACUCGGGCUUGUUCAGACCGUGACCCAAUCUGGCUUGCAUCUCCAGCCAAGUAUCCGAUCGUAACCGUACCUUUAGGGUUCGAUGAGACGAUCCAAGAACCGGUCUGCCUAUUCAUGAUUGGGAGACCUUUCAGCGAGGGAACUCUGGUUCAGCUCAUGGCCGCUUGGGAGGCGGUGUUCCCGCCUCGAAGGGCGCCUCCUGCUUUGGAGGCUGCCGGGAAGUAGUGGAAUAUUCGUGACGUUUAUUAGCUGUCCGGUGACGGUUUCCGUACCCGUCGAUGUGAUGAGAUGUUUCGUCUCCAUGUCCCGUCAGCCGAUAUGAAACACGUUGGAAAAUUGAUGACAUCAUCCGCGGAUUUGUCUUACGUCAGCUACUGUAGCGUGGCCGCGGCCGUUGCCCGAUCCCCG